AUGGAGCCCAGUGGAUCUACCGCACUACAUGCAGCUGCAUAUCGAGGACAUGAAAAGAUUGUUGAACUAUUACUAAAGAAAGGUGGUUAUCAUUCAUUAGUAAAUAAAUAUAAUAAUACUCCGCUUGAUGAAGCUAAAACCGAUAAAAUAAAACAAAUGAUCCGUCGUCGUGCGAAUAAAACUCGCUUCGUCAGUGAAUCUAUCGAAUGGAUUCUUUCUACAGAUAAUGCAGAUUAUCAGGCAUACGAAUAUUCUAAAAAACUGGAAACAUAUGGCAAAGAUCCACACUUUUAUAAAUUGAUUGUUUACAUAAAACACAAUUAUCUUGAAAAGGACUUGCAAAAUAUUGAGGAUAUCCAUAAAAUAAAACAAUAUUUUGACAAGGCAAUAAACAAAAAUGAUCCUGUUUAUCUGCUCAAAGCAUAUACAGCUGAGACUGGAUUUUAUUCUACACUCAAUCUUCAUCUAGCACAAUUACAACUUGAAAAUUUAACUGAUAAAGAAAAUUUUAGUCUCGUGUAUUAUAUUGGAAUAAUUACUUUUCAUCCAAGAUUUGAAAAAUUUUCAUACACUGGAAUAGUGUUUCGUGGAGUGAUGAUUACUAACAAUGAUCUGAAACAAUAUAAGAUAGGUACACGUAUUCUAAGUAAAACAUUUUCAUCGGCAUCAAAACAAUCGGACAUAGCAUUACAAUUUCUUACUAACGACCGAGAUACAGAUGAUCGAUUAAGUACAAUAUGCACAUAUGAGAUACGUAAUCAACGAACUGCAUUGGAUGUUGAACAUAUAUCGGUAUUUCCGGAUGAACAAGAAGUACUAAUUCUACCAUAUUCAGCAUUUAAAAUAAUUGAUAUUAAACAAAACAAAAACAAUUUACCUAAAGUUGAAAUAAAACUUAAAGAAUGUGAGCCAUGGUUAUAG